ACGUCGCGUGGCCUUCCCGGUCUCGGCCGCCUCCGGCAUGGCGGACGUUGAUGGCCCGCCCGGGCCGAUGCUGGCGCUGAACCCUCAGAAAGACGCUGAGUUUCGGAAGGACGUGGAGAAGUUUCGCCGGCGCACAGGCAAGAAAAAAAAGCAAAAACUUCGUCAGCAGAAGGAAGAACAACUUACUCCUGGAGUGAUCUAUGUGGGCCACCUACCUAACACACUCGGGGAAACUCAUAUUCUAACAUAUUUCUCCCAAUUUGGCACUGUUACAAGACUCAAGCUGUCCAGAAGUACAAGGACUGGACAGAGCAAAGGCUAUGCCUUUGUGGAGUUUGAGUCUGAAGAUGUUGCCAAGAUAGUUGCUGAGACAAUGAACAACUACCUUUUUGGUGAAAGACUCUUGCAGUGUCAACUAAUGCCACCUGAAAAAAUACAUCCAGGACUUUUUGCAGGGUGGAAUACUUCAUUUAAACAGCCAUCAUGUCCAGCAGUGGCACGAUAUAAUCGGAAACGGACACUUAAACAAAAUCUGCGGAUGGAAGAGCGAUUUAAAAAGAAAGAAAAAUUACUCAGGAAGAAAUUAGCUGAAAAAGGAAUUGACUAUGAUUUUCCUUCGUUGAUUUUACAGAAAGCAGGAACAAAGAAGUCUUCAAAGAGCACGGGGUCACGUAAGAAGAACAAAAAGGUGUCGGGCACUCCUAAUACUUCUGAGGAGACAGUGGAUAGCCAGGGCCCCACACCAGUUUGUACACCAACGUUUUUGGAGAGACGAAAAUCUGAAGUGACAGAAAUGAGUGAUGAUGACAAAGAUAAUGAAAUCGUUUUCAAACAACCCGUAUCUGAUGUAAAAGAAGAAAGGCAAGAGACUCAAACACCUGAACGUUCACAGAAAAAAAGACAAAGAAAGAGCAGUCUGUGAUUCUGACUGCAUCAUUCAUGUACAAUAUUUCUUCUGAAAAUAAUGUGGUUUUUUAAUGAGGGUUGACUAUGUGUUAUUCAGUAUAAUGAAAUGGCAAUCCUAAACAAGAUUUUCAGAGGAAAAACAUACUGCUUGAUCAGGUAAAUAAGGAGAACAGUCUGUAUAAUGGCUUGCCUGCCCUUGGCUGCAAUGCAGGGGUGCAUACCAGCCAGCUGGACCUCUUCUGCCUCUUUCUCUUGGUCUCUUUUUUUUUUUCAGAUUUCGUAGCUCUCCCUAGUUAUUUGCCUGGAGAGAAAGGUUACCGUUAGCUGCAGGUUUAAGUACUAAAUUGCAGCCUUUUUUGUCAGUAUCAAAUAAAGGCCACCAAUCUUA